GCAACAGAAUCCUUCACAACACUUUAGCGCGAAGGCAGUACGUGUAUACGGUACCCUUGACAAGAAGACCAAAAUUAUGCUGACAGCCAACGCAACAGAUGCGCCAUAGGGUACCACAAUGCCUUGAAGGGAGGGGAUGUGACGCUCUCUCCCUGCCUGUGGAGCACUUUUCAGAAGUGAAUGUGCGCAAGCUGGAUAGUUCCUCAGACCAUGAAAGUGCAAACACUGGAUAGCGUUAUGAGUGUGGAAAAGAGGACACGCGCCCCCGAGCCGACGGUUAUUAAUGCCAUGCAUGCCGCGAGGUUACUGAAAAUAAAUGCUGGCCGGGGAACACCCCGAGAGUUUGCCAUUGAACGACUUCGAAUUCGUGCCGUAAGGAAAACUCUGCUGGAUCAACGUAUGGUGAAGCAUUAUCGGCCGAGAUUAUUGAGAUCACGAUCAAAGCGUUCAUCGGAUGGACGGCUCGGGCGAGCCCAGCUUGGCCAAGGGUGACUGUCGCUGGAGAGCGGGCUGCGCGGUAACUGGAGGCCAGGAGCCGUUGGCUGCUGAAAGACAUUAGGAUACCGAUAAUGAACGUCGCCAUUCCUCCGGGCGUGCCAGCCAAUCUCUCCUCACUCCAGCUGCAGGAAUGCACGCGCAGAGUGAGGCUUGCACUUUCUAGUCAGUGAUAUUCAGCCUUUGCUAAAGUUUUUUAUCAUACUAGCGUACUCGUACGAUAAGGAUUCUCCAAAAGACCUGCCCGAUAGCUCGGCAGAGUUUUUCUUUUUCUUUUUUUUUCUUUUUCCUUUUUCCUUUUUUUUUCCGGAUCUCUCGUUUUUCUAGCAGUUAUUCUCACUAUUUUAGCCCCUUCGCCCAGCUGGCGGUAAUAAAAGCCUUUAUAACACCAUUGGCACCAUCUGCAAAGGCACUUGGACCCUUCCAGGUCUAGUACUUGAACCCAAUAUUCUCACCGCCGAUUCCUCCCGCUGUGAUUGCGAUUACAACGAUAAAGAAAACUGAGGCCGACAUAGCCUUUAUCGGGAGCAAAAACAAUUCCAACGAGUGUCGACACGCCGGGCAUUGGUAGUGAAAGAAAUAAUGCCCAUAGUAUUGGUAUCCAACUCCAUUGAGGGGCGCUGUUGGUCAAAUACAUCAAUGUAAGUGAUGUCUAUAUAUCUAUAUUUAUCGGCCAAAACCGGGGCCCAGGGGCAUUAACAGCCCCGGCUUACAGCGAAGGCUAGUGUGCCAUCAACGAACCACCCGGCACACUCUGUGAAGAGUCGGUGGCUGGUAUCUGAGUUUCCGAACGCAAUCCUCCCCUUCAUCUGUUAGCGGGAAAACUGGGAUGCUGGCGUUUCUCUACCGGGAUGAGGGUCUCACAUAAUGAUGAAUACUAUUUCAUGUGAGAGGUAGAGUUCUCGGGGCACCUCCAGGGCCGACAAGAUGGGGGGAUUUUUUUGGCCCGGCUAGCCUAUCGAGGGCAAUGAUUGCCGAUAGGAAGUUGUUAGGGAAUAGGUUGCAAAGUGUGAUAGUAUCACAGACUGCAUUUACUUAUGAUACCUCCAAUGGCUAGUGUCCGGAAUUUAUAGUACUGGACAUUUGUAAGUUAGGAACCAACAUCUCACUAACCACCUACAUAAGUAUCUCGGUUUCAGGAUCGAUGCGGUGUUAUGAUGUAUGCAUCUUGGAGAGAAAUGGAAAAAACCUCCCUCACUAGCAUUAGAUACUUAUUCUGUACUCGGAUCUAAAGUGCUGUUUCUUGUAUGGGUAUCUUGACACCUGUGUUAUAUCACAAAUUCCUUUUGUUCUAGUGCGCCUGGUGGGUGUUACGGAGGGGUGCUUCCGGGGAAAACUGCAGAUGGGUUUUGCGACGGACCCACUCCUUAUAUAUA